AUGGACCCAAACCAAGGCGGAGAGAAGAAACAGAGAAGAAAGAGAAAGAGCCUGAAAGAAAUGGCCCGCUCUCUGGCUGUGGUACCAUGCGAAAGCGUACAGUCGAUUCAGACGAAGCCGACGACGGCGACUGUGAGCGCCGUUAGGGAGCAGUGGGAGGUCCACUUCGCUCUCUUCUUCCCCUAUCCUCCUCCUCCGAUCACCUCCACGUGUCCCGAUCUCGUGCCUCUGGAUCCCAAGUACAGAAGGCGACGGCCACUUGACCGCUGGAUCUCUUCCUCCUCCUUAGCUCGGCUCCAACUUGCUCGCGAUCAUUCCAACUCCGACGUCGUCCUCACCGUCGGUUUCGCUGACAAGAUUCUGGAGGAGCACUAUGUUUCCAAGCUACAUUUUAUCUGGCCUCAGGUUUCAUGCAUGUCUGGAUUUCCUGCCAGGGGUACCAGAGCCAUCUUUAUCCAGAAAUUUGGUUUUCGAUUUUUGUCUCUCCAUGAGGCAGAGAAAUUCAUGAAUGCUUUGAAGGGUAUCUGCAAGGAAGGGAUGGAUACUGAACCUGUUAACACCGACGUUGGAUCUGAAAUUUCAUCAGUGUCUGAGCUCACGUCCUCUAAUAGACCCCUCAAUCCUGCUUGCAAGGACUUGACUACCAUGGCUCCUGUUCAGACUUAUACGCCUAAAAUAUCACCCAGCUUGUUGAAUAAUGAAGCUGAGCAAUACUCAUGCACUCAAGAAUUCACGCCUAUUGAUAACUUCCAGAGCAACUUUGCAGCCUUGCCUCCAAGUUUCACCUCAUUUCUGAGCAACUGUGGCCCUGUUGUUGAACAAGUGGCAACACAACCAACUGGAUCACAGGAAGUCGAUCUCAAAUCCCAAAUCGCGGUAGCUUUCUUAACGCUUUAA